AUAGAGGACGUUGUUAUUUUCGCUAUUUCAAAUUUGUAUGCAAAUUUGUUUUAAUUGAACAAGUGUAUUCUAAGUGUAUUUUCUGUUUUGGUUUCUUAAAGACAAGUAGUUAUUAAAUAGUUAAAGAGUAUUAGGUGUAUUAAACACCUAAAGAAUGGAAUUAAAUCGAAGAACGAGGGCAAAGCAUACACCGCUUCUUCUCCUAACUGUAGUGGUACACAUCUUAGUGUUCCUCACUGUAGUUGAUAUUUACUUAACAAUUCCUUCUGAAGACGGUAUGAAACAUUAUAAAGCGAAAAUAGACGAUCCUCCUGCAAAAAGAUUGGUAUUCAUUCUUGUUGAUGACCUACAAACUUCAUCAUUGUACACCAUGAAUAUGUCUUCUGCUACACCAUAUCUUUAUUCAGUAACAAAAAAUAGGGCUAGCUGGGGAGUAGCUCAUACUCAAGCGCCUACAGAAUCAAAACCAGGACAUGUUUCUUUACUAAGUGGAAUGUAUGUGAAUCCUAUUGAAAUUUUAAAAAUUUGGAAAGGAGAAGCACUAAAGUUUGAUACAGUAUUAAGUCAGAGUAAAAAAUCUAUAAUUUUUGGAACUUCUGAAUUUAUUGAUUCACUUAAUAUAUACUAUUUUAUCCAUGUCAAGUUUUACCCCCAUGAUGAAGUUAUUUUCGAAGAAAAGAAUGCAAUUGGAACACAGCAAUGGGCAUUCAAGAAGGCACAGCAAUAUUUGAAUAAAAGUGCUUCUACACGUUCUACAAAUGGAAUGAUAAUACUGUUGCAUUUAACAGCCAAAAAUAAGUAA